AUGAAGGUAGCGGUGAUUCACACUGGGGCAGGGAACAAUUCGAGAAAGAACGAAGGCCAGUAUAAACGACUCUUCAAACGAGUGCUUAGUCAACCGAAUGAAUCAAUUGAGGAUAUCUUGCGGGUUAGUGAACAUUUAGAGAAAAGUGAAUUAACCAAUACUGGAUAUGGAUCGUCAUUAGAUAUUAACGGAGAAGUAUUUUGUGACGCUGGAAUAAUAAGGGUAGACCAAGGCCAGAGAGACGAGUUAUCGGUUCAUAGUAUACGACAUGUAUUCCCUAUACGAGAAACAUGGAAGUUAAUGGAGAAUCUUGAUUUACUUUACUGUGAAGGACUGAAAUUUGAUAAGUUAGGACUUAGUAGACCAAUUUCGCUUGAUUACAAGCUGAAUGACAAGAUCCUCGAGUUAUUGAACAAGGCCAAGCAAGAGGUUAACCCUGAUGACUUGAUACUGCCGAGAGCUCGAUAUAUCUAUGAUUAUUAUAUGAAUAGGCCAGAAGAAGUGAUUGAAGAGAUUCAAGAUACUAUCGGGAUAAUUGAUAUCAACGAUACCCGGAAACUAGUUUUGACAUCAUCAGGAGGUAAUUUUUUCAAGCUUCCAGGCAGAAUAGGGUGUGCAGGGACCCCCCGAUGUGCGAUUGAUUUCAAAUCAAAUGGCAAGUAUACUUUUAGCUGUAUGUGUAGUGGGAACGGAGAGCAAAUCAUACGAUAUGGGUUAUCGAGUUUAGUAAUUGAAAGAAUGAUGCAACUAGAAGGAGACAUUGACUGGUCUGAAGCAUUACAAGGUAUAAUGGAAUCAUGUAAAACAGAACAAGGUAAUAUAUACGUUGGGGUUAUUAUUGUUAUUGAAGAUAUGAAUGAUUGCCAAAACAAUCGAUUAGUUUACUGUCAUACGACGGAAACUUUCCAAUUUGGAAUCAAACGAAUGGUGGAUAAUCAGGCUGAGAUUGAAGUAAUCAUGAGUCGUUUGCAAAAAGGAAGUCUAGUUAGAGGAGAAUAUAAAUUAUAACUACAGCAACAUCUUCUUUUUGAUAUUUUUUUUUU